AUGCAUCAAAACAAGUAUACUUCAAACUUAUUAGAUGAAUUAAAGUGUUCUCAUUUAUCUGCUGCUGCCACUCAUCUAGAUCCCUCAAUCAAAUUGUUUAUUGACCAGGGUGAUCUCCUCCCAGAUCCCAGCCUUUAUAGGAGACUAGUUGGAAAGUUAAAUUUUUUGCAAUACACCAAGCCUGCCCUAUUCAGUUCAGCAUUUAAGUCAGUUCCUACAGUCUCCCAGGGUCCCGCAUAUGAUGGCUGGUUUACAUGUUUCGAGAUACUUAAUGUCUGCCCAACUCAAGGAAUUUUGUUGACUAAUUCCCCUAAUCUAUCUCUCAUUGCUUUUUCUGAUUCUGAUUGGGCUACAGGUACUUUUUCUCGGAGGUCAGUUACAAGUUAUUUCAUUACUCUUGGUGGCUGCCCAAUAUCUUGGAAAAGCAAGAAGCAGCCUACUAUCUCUCUCUCCUCUGCAGAAGCUGAGUAUAGGGUCUUGAGGAAGGUGGUAGCUGAGAUAUCUUGGCUAGUUAGACUCCUCAAUGACCUUGAUCUUUCCAUUACAACCCAUGUCCCUGUAUUUUGUGACAGCCAAGCUGCUUUACACAUUGCCAAGAACCUGAUAUUUCAUAAGCGCAUAAAGCAUAUAGAGGUGGACUGUCACUAUGUUCGUGACUGCUUAUCAUAUGGGCUGGUAUCUCUCCAAUUUAUGCACAGCUUUGAUCAACUGACAGACAUCAUGACCAAGGCCUUAUAUGGCCCCCUUCACCACACGAUUUUGGGCAAGCCUGGGGUGUUUUAA